GCUAUAAAUAAACGGUUUCGACUCUGACUGUCACCUGCUGGCUUAUCUCCGUCGCUUCCCCUCUCUUCGCUUCGUUCCGAUACUUAUCUGCAUCUCUCUCUUCCUUCUUCGCACAUGGCUGAACAAAGUUCCAAAUCCGUUUACGACUUCACUGUCAAGGAUAUCCGUGGCAAUGAUGUGAACCUGAGUCAGUAUAGUGGAAAGGUUCUACUAAUUGUGAAUGUUGCCUCGCAGUGUGGUCUGACACAAACAAAUUACAAGGAAUUGAAUGUAUUGUAUGAGAAAUAUAAGAACCAAGGUUUUGAAAUAUUGGCAUUUCCAUGUAAUCAGUUUCUUGGACAAGAACCAGGAACCAAUGAAGAAAUUCAGGAAGUUGUUUGCGCAAGGUUUAAAGCUGAAUUUCCCAUCUUUGAUAAGGUUGAAGUGAACGGGAAGAAUGCAGCACCACUUUACCAGUUUUUGAAAGCUCAGAAAGGUGGACUAUUUGGAGAUGGGAUCAAGUGGAACUUCACGAAAUUCUUAGUAAAUAAAGAAGGGAACGUUGUGGAGAGAUAUGCUCCUACCACCUCGCCCCUGAAAAUUGAGAACGACAUUGAAAAACUCUUUCAGUCGACUUGAGCUUGAGAUUUGAUUUUAUGCUAUAUCCCAUUUGUAAGAGCCAAGAGGACAUUAAUGAAAUCGACCUGGUGCUUUCAGAGGAUUAAUGGCUUACCUAAGCAUGUGAUUUGUAUUUGUAUACCCCUCUAAAUAAACGGUUUCAUAAAGCAUGUUAUUUGUCUUCCCUGCUCAUUCUAUGGUUUGGUUGGAACACAAUUAGGCAAUCAUAUACAUAAAUUUACAUAAUAUAUUUAUAUUUAUAUUUA